GACGUCGGCGCACGUCAGCGGCGGCGCGCGCCUGGCUGGGCCCUGCGGAGCGGGAGGGAAGGAGCUAAGGAGCAAGCGGAGCGGUCGUCGCCCGAGCCGAGCCGCGCCGCCAGCCCGCCAGUCCGCGCUCCUGUCCGCCGUGUCUAGCAGCGGGGCCCAGCAUGGUCAUGGCGGAUGGCCCGAGGCACUUGCAGCGCGGGCCGGUCCGGGUGGGGUUCUACGACAUCGAGGGCACGCUGGGCAAGGGCAACUUCGCCGUGGUGAAGCUGGGGCGGCACCGGAUCACCAAGACGGAGGUGGCGAUAAAAAUAAUAGAUAAAUCUCAGCUAGAUGCAGUGAACCUUGAGAAAAUCUACCGAGAAGUACAAAUAAUGAAAAUGUUAGACCACCCUCACAUAAUCAAACUUUAUCAGGUAAUGGAGACCAAAAGUAUGUUGUACCUUGUGACAGAAUAUGCCAAAAAUGGAGAAAUUUUUGACUAUCUUGCUAAUCAUGGCCGGUUAAAUGAAUCUGAAGCCAGGCGAAAAUUCUGGCAAAUUCUGUCUGCUGUUGAUUAUUGUCAUGGUCGGAAGAUUGUGCACCGUGACCUCAAGGCUGAAAACCUCCUGCUGGAUAACAACAUGAAUAUCAAAAUAGCAGAUUUCGGUUUUGGAAAUUUCUUUAAAAGUGGUGAACUACUGGCGACGUGGUGUGGCAGCCCCCCAUAUGCAGCCCCGGAAGUCUUUGAAGGGCAGCAGUACGAAGGACCACAGCUGGAUAUUUGGAGUAUGGGAGUUGUUCUUUACGUCCUUGUCUGUGGAGCUCUGCCUUUUGAUGGACCAACUCUUCCAAUUUUGAGGCAGAGGGUUUUGGAAGGAAGAUUCCGGAUUCCAUAUUUCAUGUCAGAAGAUUGUGAGCACCUUAUUCGAAGGAUGUUGGUCCUAGACCCAUGCAAACGGCUAACCAUAGCUCAAAUCAAGGAGCAUAAAUGGAUGCUCAUCGAAGUUCCUGUACAGAGACCUGUUCUCUAUCCACAAGAGCAAGAAAAUGAGCCGUCCAUCGGGGAGUUUAAUGAACAAGUUCUGCGAUUGAUGCACAGCCUUGGAAUAGAUCAGCAGAAAACCAUUGAGUCUUUGCAGAACAAGAGCUAUAACCACUUUGCUGCCAUUUAUUUCUUGUUGGUGGAGCGCCUAAAAUCACAUAGGAGCAGUUUUCCAGUGGAGCAGAGACUUGAUGGCCGCCAGCGCCGGCCUAGCACCAUCGCUGAACAAACAGUUGCCAAGGCGCAAACCGUGGGCCUCCCAGUGACCAUGCAUUCGCCGAACAUGAGGCUGCUGCGCUCCGCCCUCCUCCCGCAGGCAUCCAACGUGGAGGCCUUUCCCUUCCCAGCGUCGGGCUGCCAGGCGGAAGCAGCGUUUAUGGAAGAAGAAUGUGUGGACACUCCAAAGGUAAACGGCUGUCUGCUCGACCCCGUGCCCCCUGCCCUGCUGAGGAAGGGCUGCCAGUCGCUGCCCAGCGACAUGAUGGAGACCUCCAUUGACGAAGGGCUGGAGACGGAAGGAGAGGCUGAGGAAGACCCCAGCCACUCCUUUGAGGCAUUUCAGUCCACACGCAGUGGGCAGAGGCGGCACACUCUGUCCGAAGUGACCAAUCAGCUGGUCGUGAUGCCUGGGGCAGGGAAAAUUUUCUCCAUGAGUGACAACCCCUCCCUUGACAGUGUGGACUCUGAGUAUGAUAUGGGGUCUGUUCAGAGGGACCUGAACUUUCUGGAGGACAACCCUUCCCUAAAGGACAUGAUGUUAGCCAAUCAGCCCUCAGCCCGCAUGACAUCUCCCUUCAUAAGCCUGAGACCCACCAACCCAGCCAUGCAGGCUCUGAGUGCCCAGAAACGGGAGGCCCACAACAGGUCGCCAGUGAGCUUCAGAGAGGGCCGCCGGGCGUCGGACACCUCCCUCACCCAAGGAAUUGUAGCAUUUAGACAACAUCUUCAGAAUCUGGCUAGAACCAAAGGAAUUCUAGAGCUGAACAAAGUGCAGUUGCUGUAUGAACAAAUAGGAUCAGAGGCAGACCCAUCAGCUGCUCCUCAGCUCCAAGACCUUGCUAGCAGUUGCCCUCAGGAGGAAGUUUCUCAGCAGCAGGAAAGUGUCUCCACUCUCCCUACCAGUGUGCAUCCUCAACUGUCCCAGCGGCAAAGCCUGGAAUCCCAGUACCUGCAGCACAGACUCCAGAAGCCCAGCCUUCUGUCAAAGGCCCAGAACACCUGCCAGCUUUACUGCAAAGAACCACCACGGAGCCUUGAGCAGCAGCUGCAGGAACACAGGCUCCAACAGAAGCGACUCUUCCUCCAGAAGCAGUCUCAGCUGCAGGCAUAUUUUAAUCAGAUGCAGAUAGCAGAGAGCUCCUACCCACAGCCAAGCCAGCAGCUGCCCCUCGCCCACCAGGAGAGUCCUCCACCGUCUCAGCAGGCGCCCCCGUUCAGCCUGACCCAGCCCCUUAGCCCCGUCCUGGAGCCCUCCUCCGAGCAGAUGCAAUACAGCCCCUUCCUCAGCCAGUACCAGGAGAUGCAGCUGCGGCCCCUGCCCUCCACGCCGGGUCCCCGGGCUCCUCCUCCCCUGCCAGCGCAGCUGCAGCAGCAGCCACCGCCGCCGCCACCGCCACCGCCGCCACAACAGCCAGGAGCUGCCCCAGCCCCCUUACAGUUCUCCUAUCAGACUUGUGAGCUGCCAAGUGCUGCUUCCCCAGCGCCAGACUAUCCUGCCCCCGGUCAGUACCCUGUGGAGGGAGCCCAGCAGAGCGGCCUGGCGGGGCCAGACUGCCCCCGGAGCUCCGGACUGCAGGAGGCCACCUCGAGCUAUGACCCACUGGCCCUCUCUGAGUUACCUGGACUCUUUGAUUGUGAAAUGCUGGACGCUGUGGAUCCACAACACAAUGGGUAUGUCCUGGUGAAUUAACCUCAGCACAGGAAGUGAGGUGGGUCACGUGAAGGAAGACUGUGUAUUUCUAUUUUUAUUCCAGCCUUUAAAUUUGAAGCUUAUUUUCUUGCCCUCUCCCUAAUGGGGAGAAAUCAAGUCACCCAACUGGAAUCAGAGGGCCUGGCUGGGGUGGAUGUUGCUUCCUCCUGCCUCUGUCCCACCGCGAAGUUUUCUGUGGCAAGUGCUGGAACGUAGUUGUAGGCUAAAGCUCACGCCCUUAGGCUGAGGGGAGCAAGCUCUCGAGGGAGGCACCAACUGUUUCUCUAAGAAGAAGACACUCAGACCUAGGUUUUAUGCAGAAUUACACCAGUUCAUUAUCAAGGGAAACCUUGGUGAAAGCAGGAAAACUGUGUGCCAUUGCAUAUAUAUGGGCAAACAAAACAGGCAAUAUAUUUUUCACUGAAGCUGAGCAACAACAUGUUGCUUCAAGGCCAAUCAAGAAUACAUAAUGAAAUUUGAUGCACAGGAAAUAAAGGAAAGUUGUCACUGAAUCAUAAGUUCUUAGCUGCUGAUGCAAGUUGUCCCCAAGGCUGCCGCAAAGCAGUGGAGCGUGAGCUGUUUCAGGGGCCACUAAAUAACAGCUGGUACUGACCCCCGGGACCGGCCGUCGUCUCCAUCUGGGAGCAGACAACACACGUCGUGAGAAGGUACCCCUGAGUUGCUGAGUGUCAGAAUAUACUCAGGGCUCCAAAGAUGUCACCCGUAGAACCCACAGGAGACCCACUAAUGGAGGCGGGAGGUGAGAAACUCGAGAAGGCUCAAGAGCACCAGCCCCGGGCCAGGAAAGACAGGCUCUUUCUGCAGUCUCUUGUGGAGACUUCUGGUUUGGGGGCAGUUGGUCUCCGGAGGCCCCGUCGUCUCUUUUACAAUGUAACAGCUACUCUGACUCACACUAUAUGUUGCUAGUAGUCUAUUGAGCUUUGUAUAUUUGGACAGUUUCAUAUAGGGCUUAGAAAUUUUAAGGACACGAAAAAUGAACUUUUAUGUCCCAUGUGAAGUGGUAGUGCUGUGCCUUUCCCCCCAGAUCAUGCUUUAAUUCUUUCUUUUCUGUAGAAACCAACAGUUUUCCAUUUAUGUCAAUGCUAAAUCCAAAGUCACUUCAGAGUUUGUUUUCCACCAUGUGGGAAUCAGCAUUCUUAAUUUCCUUAAAGUUUUGACUUGUAAUGAAACAUUCAAGUAUAACAGCAAUAUUCAAAGAACCACAGAUGUGUUAACCAUUUAAGCGGAUCAUCUGCCAAACACGUUAUAUGACUAGUAAAACUUAACCAACCCUUACAAUUCAUUCAGCAAAGUAAGUGAAAACUAGAUGCUAAAGCUAGUUAACUAUAAACCUACAAGUAAUGAGUAAUCUGUCAUUUGGACAGUAACAUCCAGGUGUUACAAAUUCAGUAUUAUUUAUAAAGAUUAUAAUUUCUGUCCUUUAGAAUGGCUUGUCCUAUGAGCAGAUGAAUGCGUUAAGCACAAAGCAUCUUCCUUAAAGCACAAAGAAGAGAGAUACUACACUGAUGCUGCAUCUAGAAAACACCUUUAAGUUGCCUUUCCUCUUUGUAGUAAGUGUCCGACAGGCGAGGGGAAGCAUGGAGAACCUAGGGAGUUCCAUUCUGGCCCCGCGGCCCCGCCCCUAGCGGCGCUGGUAACUUGCAGUUCUUGUCGCCGCCAGAGUCUGCCCAGUCGCUGGGGCUCCACAUCGGUGCCAGGAUGCUUUGCAGAGGCCCCGUGCUUGUGGUUGGACUCUGGGUGUCAGCAGGAAAGGGUAGUGUAGGGGCUGUCAUUUCUGUGAUUUAAUAACACACAGUGACAGUCCAGGAAGAGUGAAUUAAGUUCCUUCUAUGGAUUGCUUUUUCCUCCUCGUGCUUAAGAUUGAUGAUUUCGUGAAAUAAAGAACAUCAUUUCAUUUAAGAGAUCAUUUCACUAAGAUCUCUAAUGUGUUUUAAGUCUUUGCAAAAUAAGCUAGUUAUAAAACAGGACUUGAUUUGUUUAGACUGAAGGAGGAUGUUUUCCCAAAAUAUACUAUGCAGGAGUGCUGUAAUAUUUACGAAAUUAAAAUGCCUUCCAGAUUGAAAAUGGGGGCCACUCAUUUCAGAACUGCAGGAAUGGUACAGUUACAGAUUGGCAUAAACUCCUGCCCCCCAACAAGGCUGUGAGCUGCUCAGCCCAAGAGAUCUAGGUGCUGUGGCAGGAGAGUGAGGCCGACAGAGGAGGGACUGCGGAGAGGCUGCGGGUUGGAAGGUUAAGGGACCCAGAGAGAAAUGGGGAAGCGGCCAGCGGCAGCCGGGCCCAACAGAAACCGACAGACGUGGCGGCAGCCGGACACUUGCCUGGUGAAGAGCACGUCCCCUCCUGGCUGGAACCUGUGUUGUAAGCUCUAUUUGCGUAUCUCAUUUAUUUCAAGCAGAAAUCAAUAAAUUCCAUAACCAUCUGUAUUUACUGAAAUGUAAGCUGGUGAGAGGAGACUGGUUCUGUCGGUCAGUGAGGUGUUUGCUCAGCCCUGUCUGAUCAUCUCUGUUGUUCUGUUCCCUAAUGAGUGACCGACGGAAGCUUCCAAGCAGUUCUCUCUUCAUAAAUACUAAAGUAACACUACAAUGGCUUAGUACCACUCUUUUGAUGAGAGGCUACUUUGAAAUACUGACUUGCUUUCCAGUCCGUUUCACAUUAGCUGUGUGUACACUACUGUAUGAUAAUCGUUAGCUUUAUUAUCUUGUAAACCAGGCUCCUCUGAAGAGACUUUGGUGAGAUGAACAUGAGGUAAAAAUUUCAUUUGGCAAAAAGUGCAAUAUGUGUGGUACUUUAUUUUUUAUGUUCUUUUUUUAAUCCGGGGGUAUUAGUCUCUGCUUUGGGAUAAAUGCACUAGUUCUGCAAUUUCCGGUUGGGCAAGUGUGUCUCUAGUAUUUACAUGCAACUGAUAUGCUGGUGCCUGUAAGGCAAAUAGAGCGUGUUAACACAACAGAAAGGGGGCGGAUGUCCUGUUUUUAAAUUCCCAGUGAGCUACGCUGACCAUCCCCAGCCACCCCCUUCACACCUCUGCCCCACUAGGCCGCACUGCCCCUUGCCAUCUUGGGAACAGGGAUGGAGGCAGACAGUUCUCUCUACCAACAGCCUCCAGAACCCACUGGGUGGGGGGACUGUGGCCCACCAGGAGGACCAGAGUUGGGACUCGGGGACUGUUAGUGCAGUUAUGGGCAAAACUACUUUUCUGUAUCCAACUUUGCCUUCUAAGAACGUCAUGGCCCUUUCUCCCUCUGAAAUAAAGAACUUCCAGGUGUUUAGACUGUGGCCUGGAGUCAGUUGAGGUGAGACAACAGGAGCCUGGGACCGAACCUCUGGUGAGGUGCAGGGAGGAGGGCGUCGUGAGUGUGUGGUGUGUCCCUUGCAUGGGUCCCACAGCCUCUAGUCCAGCCCCAGAUUCAUCAAUACAUUGGGGUUGGAGUUUUUCUACUUGGGAUUCCAUUUAAAAGUCUCCAUCAACAGUUACACUUAAGCUCCCUAUUGGUUUAAAGAAAAUUCAUAUUCCAGAUAACUUUUUCACAUUUGACCUCCUUCAGAGACAAUACUUCUUAGUGUCACUGUCAACACUGGUCCCAGUGAACAGCUGCUGGAUCCCUGUGCCGGGGCUGACCUUGGCUGCAUCUGUCCCCCUAAACUGGGCUGCCUCUACUGCCUCCUGGGAAGCCACCCGAGCCGCUCGGUCUCUUUGUGCCUAGACAUCAAAGGUAAAAACUGGAGAACAAGCAAUAAGUUGGAGUCAUUGUAUAGGCAGGGAACUUUGAUCAUUUUGUUACUUCUGGAAAUUUUUUACAGAACUUAUCUUCAGAAUGAUGUGUGGAAGACAAGAACAGUAUCCUCUGCCUCUGUUCUAAGCUGGACAAAAAACAUUUUAAAAAUUUAUAUAUCCCUUCUGACAGGUUCCAUAGUACGGUCCUCUCCUCCCUGGCCUGUGGCCCAGGGAAGCGGCUGCAAUCACAGAGCUCUUUGUCUGCCCCUUGUCAGCAGCAGGGUGAGCUCCAGGCCUUUUUGGCCCUGGAGCCUCUGAUCUCCCAGUACCCACUCGCAUACUUAUUUUACCAUUUUUUCCCAAUUAAGUAGCCUGGCUGCUUCUGGAAGACUCACAGCCAUCCUAGUUGCACCACCAUCUUUUGUCCACACCUUCUCUAGGCAGAUUUCAACACAUUUGGCAGAUGGGGGCACACACUAGCGCAUAGAUUGAGAAACAGACGGCAGGACAGCCCAUAGGCUUAGACUUUCGAUGGGUCCUACCCAAUGGCUUGCCUGUCCACAAGGAGCAAUAGCAAUAUGUGAGUUUACCGAGCACUUUCACAAGUAAUCUCUUCGAAUCCUCAAAACAACUCUAUGAAAUUAGUUGGAAAGUUAUUGUCCUUAUUUUUCACAGCUGAGGAAACCAAAGCUCUUGGGAGUUUGUGUGACUUAUCUGAGGUCACAGAGCUGACAAGUGGAGGAGCCCAGGACAAGGACUUGGGUUGACUGCUUCUGAUUUUGGUUCUCUAGCUUCUCACUGUGUGAGAAGCCCUCUUUCCCCUUCCAUCUGACUCUUCUCGUAAGCAAACAGCUGUAUAAACAAAGCCCCCAUUUUGGUCAAGCACAGGGUGAAUGUGACAUUGUUCCCACAACCUCAUUCUCCACUUGACAGCCGCCUGGCUUUGCGGGGGGGAGGUGCCCUUCAGGUGACAUUGCAGUUGUCCAGGUGGCCCUGCACGGAACAAGGCUGAGGGAGACAAAGACCCCACAGACCGGCCAUCCUUUCAGCGUCCAGUUAACUACAGAAGUUUAGGCUCUCGUCAAAGACGUCUAGUUUUUCCAAGUUACACAAAAUAAUUUCCCAUAGAAUUAUAUGAUGGAAGGACACAUUCCCCCCUCAAUUGCCGAGCUGAAUUGCAUGGUAUCAGGCCACUACUGCAGGCCACCAGGUUCAACCCCAGGAAAAGGGGCUGCUCAGAGAAGAGUCACAAACUCAGCCUUUGCCCUGAGGAGGGGAGUAACGUUUCUUUACAGUCAAUCCCAUCAAGUAAAAGUGCUUAUUAGACACUUAGGAUUAAAAAAAUAACACACUUUAUUGAAUACUUUGUCUUUUCAGAGCCAAAGUGGGUAGGUAGGGGGAGCGUUAAAAAUAGAAGUACAAAACAACAUCCUGGAAAAAUAUGACCCCAAAUGGAAUAAUGUUACAUUAGUAAAUACAGAUAACUGGGCCUCGCCGCUGGCUGUGUGAUGCCUGUCUGCUCAAGAUUUGCUCAGUCAAGGAAAUUCAAGUGGUGAGAUCUUCCCACUACUACUGGUAAAAGAAAUCUGCCUUCACCAAAAUCUCUGAAGGGGAAAGAAGCAGAGAGAACAGGAAGUUUGCUUCACUUCGGGGACUGCAGUUUAAGAAAUAAAAGGGAUACAGAGAUAUUUGCACUUUGUAGAAAGGGCAAGAUUAUUGCUUAUUUCUGAAGGGAGGAGGGUGGUUUUGCUGGAUGUUUUGGUCUGUGAAAGUUACUUUUGAUAAAGUUAAUCUAAUUGUAGUUAUUUUUUUCUGUGUUUUUUUUUUAAUUAAAAAAAAUUGGUGAGUUCAAUAGCUUUGGUAUUUUGAGUGCAAAUCACAAUAGCUCCAAUGUGAAAAAUAAUCAAAGUGUAACCUGUCACUCGAUGUUAGAAAAUUGCCUAAAAUGCAGUGUAAUAAAUGAUCUUUGUACCAAACGGUAAUUUAAAUGGGGUAAUUUUCUGCAAGGAAAAUGUACUGUUUUUAUGUUUCCAACCCUCUUGAAUUAAAAUAAAAACAACUUGUUUUCUAAGA